AUGAAUUUCAAGCUUUUUUGUGAAGAUCCAAUCAAUAACUAUAAAUUUCAAUUAAUACAUAAAUGUGCUUGUUGGAAUGAUAAAUCUUCAAUUACAACGAAACGUACAAUUACGACUACGGCUCAUACAUCGAAAUGGCGCAUGGUUGGGAACAUGAUUGAAGCACGAACGGAUGCUACAUUGACUAUUUUAAAGAACAGAAAAGUACUAAUUGCAGGUGGAGGCACUAGUAACUUUCUACGAAGUACCAAAUUGUAUGAUGCAUCAACAGGAAAUUGA